AUGCCACAAGAAGCAAUAUUCCCUAUUUUGCCUGAGUGGAGGCCAGGGACUCUCGAUAUCCACCACAUUGACACCGGUUGCGGUAAUGCCACCCUGAUCGUUGGACCAGAUGAGACAACUAUUUUGAUCGAUUGUGGGACUUCUAAGAAUAGUUCCGUGGGACAAAGCUCGCGACGACCCGGCGAGCUGGUGGCGCAGUAUGCUUUGCGAAACAGCACCAGCACAACGCUCGACUAUCUUAUCGCCACUCAUGUACACCCGGACCACGUCGGCGAUGUUCAUUCUGACAGAACAGCUAUGCAUAGCGGAUUCCAAAUGACUGGACUCAGUGACGUUGAUUACCAGAUGCCGGCGAGGCUUGUGAUUGAUCGUGCCUAUCCCAAUUACGGCCUCCGGCCACCACUGGCAGCCCCAUUUACCGACAACUAUCUGGCCUGGCUUGAUGCAAGGCGGCAGGAAGGGCGUGAAGUUGCCAGCAUCGACGUUGGUUCGAAGAGCCAGAUCAGGUUGCGAUCGCCUGAAGACUACCCGACGUUCUCCAUCCGGACGCUUGCCGCGAACGGCUUGGUGUGGACCGGCAAAGGGCAAGAGAGCCGCUCGCUUUUCCCGGAUCUCAGCACACUGCCACCUGAGGCGCUGCCGGAAGAGAAUAAGUGUUCAAUAGCGUUUCUCUUGUCUUAUGGCCUCUUCCGUUACUAUACUGGCGGCGAUCUUACCUGCGACACUUAUGACGGCCGUUAUCCCUGGAUGGACGUCGAAACACCCGUAGCGGAGGCCGCAGGUAAAGUCAAUGUCGCCGUUGCCAAUCACCAUGGCUAUUUCGAUGCCUGCGGACCAGGCUUCGUUGCCCUGCUUGAUGCAGCGACCUAUAUUAUUCCCUCCUGGCACGUCACCCAUCCUGGAAUGGCGCAGCUCCAGCGCAUGCUCGGGGCUUGGCCGGGAGUGACGAGACGCAACGUCUUUGCUACCAGAAUGUUGCCGGAGAAUUGUCUUCUCAAUAAUCGUUUCACUUCUGAGAUGUGCAGUCAGCAGGGUCAUGUGGUAGUUCGCGUAGCACUGGGCGGGGGCAGCUAUAAGAUUUUUGUAUUUGACAGUAGUAAUGAACAGGACUAUGUGACGGCUGAAUUUGGUCCUUAUUUGUGUGGUUAA